CCUCCUCUCCUGCACUUAACACCGGGCAGCUAGCAGCUCAGUGGCCCAGCGUUGACACGACGACACCGGGGAAGCAGCCUUCGCACUGAAUUAACCACGACUACUACCUGAAGCAGGCAACCAUACGUCAGUAAACCAUGACUAGCUACCACAAACCCGAUGAAAAGACGCUGCAAGGACUGAAGGACGUCGCUAACAAGCUCAGGAUCAACUCCAUCAAGGCAACAUGCGCCUCUAACUCAGGUCAUCCCACAUCAUGUUGCAGUGCAGCUGAGCUCAUGUCCGUGCUCUUUUUCCACGCCAUGCGCUACAAAGCGGAUGAUCCUCGCAAUCAUUGUAACGACCGCUUUGUUCUCUCAAAGGGUCAUGCUGCACCUGUCCUGUACGCUGCCUGGGCAGAGGCAGGUUUUGUGAAAGAGUCUGAGCUGGUUAACCUGCGUAAGAUUGAUUCUGACUUGGAGGGACACCCCACACCAAAAUUGGCUUUUGUUGAUGUAGCUACUGGAUCUCUGGGACAGGGUCUUGGGGCUGCAUGUGGGAUGGCCUAUACCGGCAAAUACCUUGACAAAUCCAGUUAUCGUGUGUACUGCAUGCUGGGAGAUGGCGAGUGCUCAGAGGGCUCAGUUUGGGAGGCCAUGGCCUUUGGUUCCCACUACCAGCUGGACAACCUGGUGGCUAUCCUGGAUGUUAAUCGGCUUGGUCAGAGUGAGCCAGCGCCUCUGAAGCACGACAUGGAGAUCUACCGCAAACGUUGUGAAGCCUUUGGGUGGAACACGUAUGUUGUGGAUGGACAUGAUGUGGAGGAGCUGUGCAAAGCUUUCUGGCAGGCUCAGCAGGUCAAAGGCAAACCGACCUGCAUUGUUGCCAAGACAUUCAAGGGCAGAGGCCUCAAAGGUAUUGAGGAUUUGGAGAACUGGCAUGGAAAGCCGAUCCCCAAGGACCGGGUGGAUGAAAUCCUGAAUGAUCUGCAGUCACUGAUCCAGGUGCCCAACAAAACUCUCUGCCCUGAUCUGCCCAAUGAGGACACAGCGCCAGCUGACCUUAGCCCCAUCUCACUGCCUUCACCUCCAGAAUACAAGAAGGGAGACAAGAUGGCAACAAGGCAGGCAUAUGGUGUGGCACUGAAAAAACUGGGCCAGGCAAGCCAGAGAGUGGUGGCACUCGACGGAGACACCAAAAACUCUACUUUCUCAGAGACCUUCAAGAAAGCCUUCCCUGAUCGCUACAUCGAGUGUUUCAUCGCUGAACAGAAUAUGGUAGGAGUGGCUAUUGGCUGUGCCAGCCGUGACCGCACUGUUGCAUUUGCCAGCACAUUUGCAGCAUUUUUCUCCAGGGCCUAUGACCAGAUUCGUAUGGGAGCAAUCUCUCAGACGAAUGUCAACCUGGUAGGGUCUCACUGCGGAGUCUCCAUCGGUGAGGACGGUCCGUCCCAGAUGGCGCUUGAGGACUUGGCCAUGUUCCGCGCCAUCCCAACAUGUACUGUGUUUUACCCCAGUGACGCAGUGUCCACAGAGAGAGCUGUUGAACUGUCAUCCAACACAAAGGGUAUAUGUUUCAUUCGUACAAGUAGACCAGCCACUGCAGUCAUCUAUUCCCCAGAUGAGAAGUUUGAAGUGGGUGUAGCCAAGGUGGUUCGCCAGUCUGAUGAUGACCAGGUGACUGUCAUUGGAGCUGGUGUUACUCUGCACGAGGCCCUUGCUGCUGCUGAUACGCUGGCUGCUAAAGGAAAGAACAUCCGUGUGAUUGACCCAUUCACCAUCAAGCCCCUGGAUGCUGCUACCAUUCUGGCCAGUGCCCGAGCAACAAGGGGACAGAUCAUCACUGUGGAGGACCACUACAAGGAGGGUGGUCUCGGUGAAGCGGUGCUGUCAGCAGUGGGAAGUGAGCCUGGUAUUGUUGUGACACGUCUGGCAGUGACUGGUGUUCCCCGCAGUGGAAAGCCUCAAGAGCUUCUGGACAUCUUUGGCAUCAGUGCUAAGUAUAUUGCCGAAGCUGUGACUCAGACCUUCGCAAACUAAGAACUGCACUUCAUUUUCCCUUCUCGUUUUUGUUUUAAAUCACAACAAACUUGCAGCUGCCAGGAACAACCAUGGAAAACCUAACUUUCAGUUCCUACUUGAGUUGUGCUAACCCUGUAUUAAUAUCAGAGAUGAAGGGAGAUGAGUGCAGUGCGGUCAUAGCCUGUAGUGCUGAUGGUACUCCCCUAUGUGCACCUCUUAGUAUCCUUGCCUCCAGAUGGGUUCUGCCGUUUGCUGUUAUACAUGUUUUCAGAGUCUUGUAAGGUGCACAGUUAAAAGCAUCACUGAAUACUGUACUUAAAGUGUUAUGCUGAUAGAUGAAAAGCCCAUCAUACAGCAAUGUGUCCUAGUGAUGAGCUUCAACAUCUGUGGCACCAGCCAUCAAUGCUUUCACAUUCCUGGCAAGCAUUCCUAUUGUCCUCCCUCUCAGCUGGUAGCGCUGUUACUGCUCGUCAUAUUAUCAUUUACUAGAUUACUUUUGUAAUUGUGUUCAGUAACUGCCUUCAGUGCUUGGCUAUUCCGUUUUUAAACAUCCCACUGUCUCCUGACCACACGGGUGUUGCACAACAUUUCCAGCGCUUAAGGUCACAGAGAUGCUAUUACUGCUGUAGUGUGAAUUAAAAAUAAUUCUCCCAA